AUGAGCUUUUUAGCGAAGUUACAACAAUUGAAACAGAGUGCUAAGGUUCCUGAACCUGGUAAAUCCGGAAAUGAUCAAAAGAAACCUGAGGUCAAGAGCCUAGAUUCAAGCAGACUGUUACCAAAAAACUAUGUACGAGAGGUGGAUCCUGCAAUCAAACGAUUAAAAGAAGCUCGAAGGCUCAAGCAAGGUGUUCUAGAAACAAAAACGACGAAAUCUACAAGUAAAACUAGACACAAGGACUCUUCUCCUAAGAGUGAGCUACCUGUGUAUAAGAAGAAGCCCGGUUCGAAUACUGCUACUGCUAAACCGGUAUAUGUACCGAAAAAGGAACCGAUCAAGAAGCUAUCUUUCGAGGAACUAAUGAAACGGGCAGAACAAAAACCAAAGACAGUACAAAACGAAAGUUCAAGGCCAAAACCGGUAGAUAUUAAAAAAGCCGGGUUCAAGAGUAGGACCAAUUCGAGGAGCCCUAGCUCUAGUUCAAGAUCAGUACAGAGAGUAGAAAAACCAACUCCCAAAUCUCAUCACGAGCAUAAUGUGCACAAACGCAAGGUGGUCGUGGAGUCCUUCUCUCGGAUUGCGCAACCUAACGAAAAGCUUGCAAAGAAAUUGAAGCUAAAGGAACGUAGAAACGAGGAUUUAAGACGUAGGAAUCAAAGAUAUGACAGCGAAGAUGAAGAUUUAUCAGAUUUCAUUGAGGAUGACGAAGUAGAUAGAAGCGAAGACACAUCCAAUGGAGUUCCUUACGAUAGAGAUGAGAUCUGGUCGAUUUUCAAUAAAGGUGGCCGGAGAAGAUAUUAUGACUAUGAUGAUGAAGAUGAUGAUAUGGAAGCUAAUGAAAUGGAAAUUUUGGAGGAAGAAGAGAUGGCUGCUAAAAUGGCAAGAUUAGAAGAUAAAAAAGAAGAAGCAUGGUUGAAGAAACACGAGGCAGAAAAGAAAAGGUUAAAGAAGAACCACUCGUAA